CGUCAUCAUAAGGUGGCUAUAAAGUAGGAUUUUUUUCGCUUCCGUGUCACAUUCGUUUGCAGUAUUAUACUCGGGCAUCUUCUACGAGUAUUACAGUGCGCAAUAUUUAGUCGCUACAGUAUAUACCGCUCGUCCAAAACAGUCAAAAAUGCGUUUACACGCAUUGCCGGGGAUUCUAAUCCUAUACAUCGCCGCUUCCGCGGCUCAAGGACCAUCAGCCAAACUAACGGCUUUCAAAAGAGUAAACGAAGGAGCAAAUCAGUUCUCAGGCAAAUUCGUUCAGGCAGUGGCGAAAACAAACAGAAAAAAUUUUGUUGUUUCUCCAAUUGGUGCUUAUCUGGCACUGACAAUGGCAUCUUCCGGAGCACAAAGAUAUACGGAAGAUGUAUUCGACGACCUUCUCCAUCUUACCGGUGUACCACCGGAUAUGAAAAAAAUGGGCGUGGAAGUAACCAAUUUGAUUUUAAAUAGUUUCGAUAAAUCAGAGCUGAGUAUGGCCAGCGGAAUAUUCGUUUCUUCAGAUAUCGGGCUGCAUUCUGAUUUCAUAAAAAACCCUGCAAAAAAUCGAUGUUGGCUUGCCCAGAACGUCAAUUUUCGGAAACCAGUUGAAGCGACCAACUCCAUAAACAGUUGGUGCAACGAAUGUACAAAUGGAGAUGUUGGAAACAUUCUGUAUAAUAAUUUGGACAGCAGUACUCAGACAGCUCUCUUCAGCGCCGUAAAUUUCAAAGGGACACCGAUGUAUCGCUUAGUCCCUGUAACCACGAUGCAUCCAUACAAAGUUGAGUUCACUUAUGAAGAUGAUACAACUGCGACAUUACCUUUUAAUUCGGCUCUUCACUACGUCCAGUAUGGAAAAAUCCCGGAAGCGGGAGCUGAAUUCAUUGAAAUUCCGUACAAGUCCGACGUUUAUUAUCGUAAUAAGAGCAUGUUCGUCAUAAUGCCAAACUUCACCUCAACUUUCGCCUAUCUUGAAGAGAACUUCCAUCGAAUUAGUGUGAAGAAGCUUUAUAAGCAUAGUACUGAAAGGCCCUUGACGAUUACACUACCACAAUUCGAAAUUAAAAGCCAUCUCGACAUCGGAACCAUCCUGAAAAAAAUGGGAUUCGGGCACAUAUUCGAUAGGAAGAAAGCAGAUUUUUCAGGAAUCUUUUCACCGAAUAAUUUCUGUACUAGCAAUGUGUUUAAUCCUGAGAUCGCUCUAACUCGUGUUGUGCAGAAAACAUCUAUAAAUAUAGACGGCAACGGCAUCAAGUACAAUCCUCCCCUUGAUGAUGAGUAUUUUUCUCAUUUCGACGUGUUAUCUCCAUUCUACGUUAUCAUCGCCACAGCAGGCGAGUAUCCUAUGAAUGUUCUCACUGCUCGGUUCACCGGCCAAGAAUAAUAAGACUUCUGACGACUCAUCUCGAUUUGACGUUCCACGAGAAAACUUCAAAUCCACACUACGAUAUUCCGGCAAAAAUACGUUUUAAGUGAAAUAAUACAGUUUAUUCGCCACGUAAUUUUUACAUCAGUCGUUACAUGUAAACAAAACGAAUAAAUGCUAGAUAUAUUAAUGCGCUUUCCGGAGCGGGAAAAAAUCUUUGAUAAAUAAACCACCAACGGUUGAAAGUGUCA